CCAGAGCUAGCUAUCCGGGUUUGCAGCCCAUUCUGUUUUUCUCGAGAGCCGGCUGCAAAACUUUGAGCCGACUUUGGAACUCCGACUUUAAAUACAUUAAAUAUUCUUCAAAUAAGUCGACUGUUGUGCAUUAAAUGCGCCCUCAUAGCCGGUUACAAAGUGAGAGCCGGCUCUGCUUCCAUUUUCCGUAUAAACCAAAACAGCAGUUGAAUUUCUGGCCUGUAGAGCCGGCUCAACAAAAUCUGAAGCCGGCUCUCUACAUUUUUGCUUCCCAGAGCCAGCUGCAAUUUUCUUAAAUCGGCUCUCUGCAUAUUUUUACCCUUUGAGCCCUUUUUAAUGCAAUUUCAUUUUGCUUACUUUGCAGUAUAUUGGCUAUUUAACUACACACUUAAAUAAAUCAAUUAGUCACUC